AUGAGUGUAGGCUGUGUAGCUCGAGAGAACGUUAUGGCAGACGUCCUCAAUGGGAAACUAUACGUAAUGGGAAGUUACGCAAACUAUGGUGAGGUUUUCGACCCAAAGACUCAAACUUGGGAACCUUUACCUAACCCUGGCGUCAAGCACUGCUUUUCUUCAAUUAGACAAAUACAGGUAAUCGAAGGAAAGCUUUACGUUAGAAGCAAUGAGGAGAGGGCUUCUGUUUAUGAUCCAAAAGAAGGUGCUGGUGCCUGGUGGUAUGAUGGAAAUUACGACAAAUGGAGAGGGGUUAGAGGUUCAGCUACGUUGAAUUGGUAUCACGGUGAGAAACUCUUAAUCUUCUGGGAUGAGUUUGUGCGACAUGCUGCUUUUGGUAUGAUACAAAUUGUAAAGAAUGGUGAGUGGUCAGAGGUUUGUUUAGCUAGGUUGGAUAUGAAUCAUCCUUCUGGUAUAUUACGGUGGGAAACUCUUAAUGUUACGGAACAAGUUUGUGCAACCCCUUGUCAAUACAAAGAUAUCUGGAGUGCGGCGAUUGCGGUUAUCAAAAGCGAUGGUAUAGAUGAAGUUUGGGGAAACAUUGAGUGGGUUAAUAUUGUGCUUACGGUUCCAAGCUCAUAUGUUUUCUUGCAUAGUAUAUACUAA